AUGGGUUCACGUGCAUUGGAAAUUACAAUAAUCUCCGGUGAAGGGCUUCGUCUUAGUCCAAGCAAGAGGGUAAAGAAGAAUGCAUUUGUAAUUGUCGGGGCAGAACACACACAAAUUUUGUCCUCGACAAGAAUGGACAUUGAUGGUGGUAGUUAUCCGACAUGGAACGAUAAAAUGUUUGUGGAUAUACCAAUUCAAUCGAGGUUUCUUAUAGUUGAAGUUCAAUGCAAGAGUAAACACCAAGGAGAUCUUGUUGUGGGAACAGCGAAGAUUCCUGUUACGGACUUUGUUGGAGGGUUCACUCCCGCAAACUAUUUGCAUUUUUUGAGUUAUAGGCUUAGGGACCUGAAAGGCGAAAAAAACGGGAUCAUUAAUCUUUCAAUUAAGGUUAAGGGUCGUGAAGAUGUCAACUCGUCUAAAUUUAAUUACUUGCAACCGCGGUUAGCAGCUCCUUACAAACAAGUUGAUGCAAAAAGGUCCGAUAUUGGAAUUAAUGUUGUCACGGGUAUUCCUGUUUUACAAAAAUAUUAG